AGAAAACACAGCAGAAAAGCAGAAGGAAACACCUGCGUCGGCGGCCGCCUCCCUCCCUACUCCGGUUUCGCUGGUUGAUUGGUUCGUGGUGGUUAGGUUUGGAGCGAGCGAGCUGGUUCGCGAUGUCAGGGCGCAAGGAGACGGUGCUGGACCUGGCCAAGUUCGUCGACAAGGGCGUCCAGGUCAAGCUCACCGGCGGCAGGCAAGUUACAGGAACUUUGAAGGGCUAUGACCAGCUUCUGAACUUGGUGCUUGAUGAAGCAAUUGAGUUUGAGAGAGAGCAAGAUGACCCGCUGAAACUGUCGGCGAAAACCAGGCAGCUUGGUCUCAUUGUCUGCAGAGGUACAGCGGUGAUGCUGGUGUCACCAACCGAGGGAACGGAGGAGAUCAAAAACCCCUUCCAAGAGGCUGAUGGCGCACAAGCCUGACCUGCCUGUGUUCGCGCCUUGGUCGAUAUCUGCGCACCCCUAAACAUGGCCUCAGACGCUGGUUGGUUUCCAGGUGGAGAGGCUUAUGUUAACUCAUGUAAUUUUGUGUAGCAGUCGCUUAUGAGAGUUACGUCCAUGUCUUAUGUCUGACGGUUUAUAUGUAUGCCAAGAUAAUAAUGAGUACGUAUACAGGUAUGAUGUCUCCUUGUACA